UUUAUUUCCACGGAAACAAAAAGAGGUCGUCUUUCAUAUUUCAUCUUCCACCUUUUGCUUGUUUUCUUGUACCUGUUGAAGUCAUCCAACAUGCCUGACAGCAUGCCUCAGGGAAGAUCCUCACUCCUGCGGAGAACUCCCUCCUUGAUACAUAACGUAACUCCCAGUCGCUCAACUGGAAAAACGGUUCAAGAUUUACGGUUGGGCGGCAGCAGUGCGCAGGCCAAUAAACGAGGUAACUCAGAUAUCAACUCUGAGAUAGUGCCGGACAGCGAGGAGGAAAGAUGUCAGCACUCAGAGUCCACGGCAUCUAAAGCUUCUCGAAGGGGUAAAAACGAAGUUGUCAUAAUCUCCUCUGACUCCGAAGGGGACGAAGAAGGCCAGCCUACGGACGAUUAUUCAUUCACUGUGAAUAUGCCAGGUUCAUGGCCUGCAGUGGAUGCGCAGAAGGAUCAUGUGUCUUUUGCCGCAGGUACAGCAAAGAGAAAUUCGCCAUAUCCGAGGAUUGCCAAAAUAUCUAGGAAGUACCGACCUUCCCGUAGAGUCAUCGAGAGCUCGGACUCGGAAAUUGCUAAGGACAAUGUAAACGAGAUCAUCGAGCUCACUGACAGUGAUGAAGAUUCCCCCAGUAACUUCUCUUCUCGAUCACCCUUCAAGCCUACACACAUCUUUCGCAGUCUAAAAAUCCCACUGUAUGCGGAUUCAGACCAUUCGGAUUCAUCUUCUCCUUCGCCUCUUCAUGACGAAGGAAUCUUGGUCUUGGAUGACUCUCGCAAUAGGCGCAAGCCAUUUCUUUUACGAAAUGACCGAGAGGAAGGCUGUUCAACUUCGUUGACUCCGCAACGUGUUGUCGCUGGCCGGAUUAACGUUGCGGUUGAUGUUCGACUCACCCCAGCGUCUGCGGCUGCAAUGUCGCCUUCAAAGAGGCAGCCAAGAAUGGGAAAGAAGGCCGAGGCCACAGCUAAGCUCGAAAGACUGAAAACUUACGCAUUAAACAGAUUUGCUGAUCUUAAUGAGAAGGUUUUUGACAACAAGAUACCAGAUACAACAAAGAUCGAGUGGAACUGUAGGUUCACGACAACAGCUGGCAAGGCUAGUUAUCGCCGGGACAGGGAAGGUGUAACUCACAGUAAGAUUGAACUUGCUAUCAAGAUACUGGACGAAGAACAGCGUAUCGACCGAACACUGUCUCACGAGAUGUGCCAUUUGGCAUCGUGGAUCAUCUCUGAGAAAAUAGACGAAUAUCAUGGCCCAAUUUUCAAAGGCUGGGCCGCAAAAGUGGAACGAAUUUGUCCAGGCAUCGUAGUUUCUACGACGCAUGACUACGAAAUUAAACAUCCUUGGAACUGGAAAUGUGAUUUUUGCUCAUACACCUAUGGUCGCUUCACCAAAUCUAUCAAAACUGAGGUUCAAGGAUGUGGAGCCUGCAAACAAGGACGCCUCAUUCCAUUGUUCGAACAACCAGUUAAACGCGCUCGUAACCCUGGCACACCGAGGAUUAGUCGGAUGGCAGCUAGUAAACCUCGAGACUCUCCAUCUGCCCUUGCUCGCAGUGCAUCCCCAACGAAGCUUUCCACUACCGGGUCUUCGGAUGAUGGACGAGAGGUCGUCUGUGUCCAUGGUUCCGAGUCCGAGUUCGAGCAGGAAGACGAACAAGUUGAAUUUGACCCUCUCGAUAGUCUUGUUACAAAAAUGGCUUCAACAAACCUUUCUGCUUGAAGCCGUGUAGAAUCUCCAGGUUCCAAUUUAUGAAAUUUAUCAUUGACAAGACGCACU